AUCCUGCCUGAACUGUUCUGAACCGACUGCCUUGCUGAGAGCCCUCUCACCAUGAGCAGCAGUUUGGCCUUGUACCGUGGCAUCUACACUGAGGAACGUUUCCAGCAGGUCUAUGGAGUGGCUGCCACCCCAGAACCAGAGGGCCGUUUGGCAGAGAUGCUGAAGGGCAAGCUGAGCCGGGGCUGUCAAUGCUCCCGGGCAGCUGCCUGGUGCUUGUUCCAGAGGAGGCUUCCGAUUGCCAGCUGGCUGCCCAAGUACCAGCCUAAGAAGUGUCUCCUGGGGGACCUGGUGGCAGGGCUGACUGUGGGCAUUGUACACAUCCCACAAGGAAUGGCCUUUGCUCUCCUGACCUCAGUAGCACCCGUUUAUGGACUCUACACCUCGUUCUUCCCUGCUUUGCUGUACAUGCUUUUUGGUACUGGGCGUCAUGUCUCCACAGGUACCUUUGCCGUGGUCAGCCUAAUGACUGGUUCAGUGGUGGAGCGUUUGGUUCCUGUGUCCCUGCCAUCCAAUGGCACAGUCCCUAAUGAAGUUGCUUUGCUGGAGGGGCAACGCAUUGGGGUGGCUGCAGCCAUGGCUUUCCUUGUAGGACUCCUCAUGAUUGCGAUGUUUACGCUCCGCCUGGGCUUCCUCUCCACCUACCUCUCAGAGCCCGUGGUCAAGGCCUUUACUAGCGGUGCUGCUUUGCAUGUAGUAGUAUCUCAGCUCCAGAGCCUGCUAGGGCUGCCUUUGCCACGACCUGAUGGUUGUUUUGCCAUCUUCCAGAUACUGGCAUCUGUUGUGGAAGCCUUGCCUUUAACCAACAUUGCUGAACUACUUAUCUCCGGUCUUUGCUUGGCUGUGCUGGUGCCCAUAAAAGAGAUCAACAACCGCUUCCGUAGCCGGAUGUGGGUCCCCAUCCCAGGAGAAAUCAUCAUGGUACUGCUGGCCACCGGGAUCUGCUUCGCUUCCUCUUUAAAUACUCAUUAUAAAGUGCAGAUUGUUGGACACCUCCCAGCAGGGUUCCCACAGCCCCAGCUCCCAGCCCUGCAUCUGCUGCCCCAAGUGCUGGGUGACACAGUGGCCCUCACUUUCGUGGCCUACGCCAUCUCAGUGUCCCUAGCCAUGAUCUACGCUGAGAAGCACCACUAUAUCAUUGACCCCAAUCAGGAACUCCUGGCCCAUGGCCUUUCAAACCUGGUCUCCUCCCUAUUCACCUGUUUCCCCAGUUCAGCCACACUGGCUACAACCAACAUCUUGGAAAGUGCUGGUGGACACACGCAGCUUUCCGGUCUUUUUACUAGUGCUAUUGUCCUGAUUGUCCUGAUGUGGAUUGGCCCACUUUUCUACUACUUGCCCAAGUGUGUCCUGGCUUGUAUUAAUGUCACUAGUCUUCGGCAGAUGUUUCUCCAGUUCCAAGAUCUACCUGAGCUAUGGAGGAUCAGCCGCAUUGACUUUGCUGUCUGGGUGGUCACGUGGCUCUCUGUGGUUGUACUCAGUGUGGACCUCGGCCUGGCAGUGGGGAUUGUAUUCUCCAUGAUGACUGUAGUUUGCCGCACGCAGAGGGCCGAAUGCUCAGUGCUGGGCAGGGCAGCUGACACAGAGAUCUAUAAGCCUGUCAAGUACAACAGCAAGUGCUUUGAGGUUCCAGGUGUCAAAAUUUUAAGUUACCAAGCCCCCAUUUAUUAUGGCAAUCGCAAUUUCUUUCGUGAUGCUCUAAGUCAACUUGUGGGACUGGAAGACAUCAUGAAGCAUGAGGACCAAGAUCUAGACCAUAGGAUUAAGAUGGACAUCAGCACUGUGGAGAGCAGUGUCUCUGUUUUGGACCAAAAGAAAAGCACAGGCAUGGCAGUACAGGCUGUGAUUCUUGACUGCAGUGGAGUGUCUUUUGUUGAUUCGGCUGGAGCCCGGCUCCUUAUUCAGGUGUGUGCAGAAUGCCAGAAAGCUGGGGUGCAGAUGCAUUUGGCAGCCUGUAAUGCCAACAUUCUACAGACUUUGAGCUUUUGUGGCCUGAUGCAUCACCUUCCCCCACAGCAGAUUUUUGUCACUGUCCACGAUGCUGCUUCAUAUCUCCAGCAGACAAUGGGAAAUGUGGAACAGAAGGAUCCAACCAUCUGGGUGUAACCAUCUUCUCCCAAAGAUCAAGGAAUGUAUAAACCAACCUGUGUGUACCAGGACAUGGACUAUCUGAAAUUACAAAGACAUGUUAAAGGCAGCUGGCUGCCAUGAAAAGCGAGGCUCUGCCUACUACUGGAAGUCUGGCUUGUCAGGAACAGCCUCAUGGAGAAGGAGGCAAUGAGGAUGAGAUGAGCACAGCCCUCACUCAACAACUGCUCUUCCCAAGAGCGACAUGGCUAGCAGUACCUCGAAUUAGCUCGCUGCUAUACUAGUAGAGGGAGGGUCUUGUUUUGCACUCCCUCCUAUCCUAGCAUUUUUCUUUCAACACCAUCAAAACAGAAAAAAGCAAGAUUAUUUUUUAAACAAAAUGUUUUAUUCCCUUCCUUCAAGUGCUUUCUUUACAGAACAAAAAUGUCUUGCACAAAACAGAAAAACAAUUAAAAGCAAAAGGGAAGGGACAGAGCCAUUUCCAGCCCAUACAACUGGGGAAUGGUGUGGGGGAAGAUGUGAGGCACAUUCACAUUACACAAUUAUGAUUCCAGUUUAACUACCAUGAUGCCAUCUAGCUAAAGUGGGAUCAUAAUGUUAUAACUAUGCAGUGUGAAUGGGAUCCUGGUGAGGACUCAUAGUAUCUGCAGUGUACCCCACUCCUAGUCUCUCUUGCAGGAAGCAAGAGUGACUAGGAGAAGAGAGACUUUAGGUUUGCGAAGUACCUAUUGCAAACAGAAUGGGAUGCUCUUAACCAGCAUGGCCUUUAAAUUCCAAGAUCUGGAGAUGAAAAUGCCUUUGGCCCAUGCAUUCCUUUGUUGUGAUCUGAGGAAGUCCCUUGCUGACCAUUGACCAAGAUAUUUACACUGCCAGUUAGACAGGAGGCACCGCUGCAGGCAGCCUUAGUGAGAGCCAAGAAUGAAGAUGGGACUCACUUUCUACGCAGUCUCCCUCGGCCUGAAGAGCUUCUAUCUGCUGUUUUAGAUCUCUGUCCUUCCCAGGAAUACCCAAAGAGUAUUAACAACAGAGCUGGAACUCAUAUCAUAUUCAGCAUGCUCUAGCCCUAGUAAUUAUUUAAAUAACAUUGUUAUCAAGAGACAUUUGGAAGUAUAGAUCCUUCUUGCUGAGGUUGGGGAAGAGAGUCGCUUCCGUCCAAGGUCUGUACUUUCAGCCAUCACACUUACAUCUCACUGAAAGCCAGGGAAUGGGACAAGAAGUAGUUUAUAUUGUCAACAGGAGUUUAGAAAUGUUUUGUAUUUUUGGAUUACAAACCACAGAACCCUAGAAGGUGUUUUUAAUUAAUAAAAAAAACCAAACAAACUUCCCAAGCUCUGGUCAACCAAUUCAAGUAGCAGUAUUUUUUUUCAAGAUAGUAGGAUGCAGGUAAAGAGCAGCAUAUUUAAAUGGCUCAGUGAACAUACCACCUAUACUAAGUAAAAAUAACAGGACACGGGUGAAACUCAUCAUGAUAACAUGAGCUUAGUCUUUGCAGAUGGGGACUCUCAUGAUCCCUAACUACUUGUCAAUUAGGUUUGAUAAGAAUGAUAGGCCCAAAUCUCCAAAGGGAAUCAGUUCAGAGAAAGCUCUGAAUAUGUGCAUUUUUGCCUUCAGCUAUGUUAAUGUUUCUCUGUUAGUUUGAAGUAAAAUAUUGGAACCAAACAUGAGGGAAAAACAAACCUACUCAGCCCUGUUUUGCAAAUAUUCCCAACCACCACCAAUUGUAGAAAAAGCAGCAAUGAAGGUUGCAGGUUUGAAACCAAGAAGGCAAAGAAAGGAGGGUUUUGGGAUAUGGGGAAACACUUGGCGAAUGGAUUUCGUUGGAAAUAAUAAAAAUACAGUUUCUUGUU